AUGCUUCUCAAACUUCUCUUCGCCUUUGUGCCCCUGUUCUGUGCGCAGGUCGUCAGUCAGCCGCACGGUAAUGCUCCCGAGAGGCAUCUGAUCAACUUCAACAAGGUCAAUAUUGGGAACCUGGCCGCUCUCGACAUCAUGAUGAAGCAGACAAACAAGUAUGCUCGCGCUCACGUCGUCUUCAAUGGCGUCAACGACGUUCGUGGCGCUGCCGGUCACUUCUAUCAUUUCUUCAAUGAGCUUGGACAUAAAUCUUUACCCUUCACGACGUACGGCGGCCGUGACCCUCCUGAAGACGGUGAAUGGUACGAAUCUGGGUUUCUGGGCGCUGCUCGAGACUUUGAUUGCAAAGGUCUCGAGGAGAUACAGAUCAAGGAAGGCGUCGUCUACGACAUACAUCAGGUGGCGCCCACAAGACCGGAACAGCAUCAAGCUCUAAGGGACAAGAUUUAUGCGGGAGGGGGAAGAGUUGGCUCCGUUUACGUGCAGAAAGGUCACGACUCGCAAAUUGAGGGUGACUAUGUCCAAGCGGAAAACUUACCAGAGUUGCUCAACGGGAUCUAUGGGGAUUCAGAGGAUGGUGUCGUGUUCAUGAGCAAUAAGUCGCUCGAUAUCCCCGAGAUCUCUGUUCCGUACAAGCUCCUCAAAGGCAGACUCCCACCUGCUCACCUCACACUUGCGACAAAGGAUCCGUUUGUCGCCAAUACGCUCGUCAAGGUCAGUGCGAUCCUAAAAGAAAAUCCCCUCCAUCCCAACUUCAUUCCCACCGAUCGACAUCGCCAACUUUUACGCGACCGAGAGGACAAAAACUUUAUUUUGAUCCGCAACUGGGUGUCAAAUGCUGUGAGAGGCCUCGACGAGCCGUUUUGCGAACACCUCAUAGAUUGGGUCAAAGACGCCCAAGAGAAAGGCUCGCGCAUCAUAAAGGGAACCUCGGAUGAUCAGAAACGUCUUCGCAUCGAAAAACAAGUGGAUCGCUUGGAUGAGGUCCUGCUAAAGCUCACCACAAAGCGACCAAACACGGAUCUUGAGGUAGAAUUUGCCGAUGCCUUGUUCACCACAGCUCGUUUGUCCGACAAGUACGAGCUCGUAGAUGCUCCCCACCGAGUCGAUGAAGCCAGCACAUCUUCCCACAGUGGCGGCCACAGCAGCAGCACCAAUCCCGAACGCUCCAAGCAGGAGGCCAGCUCUCCUUCGAAGGCCGUGAGGACUUAUCUCGACCUCCCUCGAGACGAGCUCAUCAGCAUGGCCCUCACAUACUUUCCCGAGAAGGAUGACCUACAGCCUCCUCCGCCUCCGCAUUUGAACUGA